GGCAAGUUCCUGCGAAGUCUGCGUCUUUCGUAAAUUAUCAAUUUUUAGUAAGUUUUUGUACAUCAAUUAAUCUGAACCACGAGAAACACUGAGAUAAUGCCGCUUGCUAUACGAGAUUACACUUGGGACGAAACAGAAAACGCCGUGUUUGUCACCGUUCCAUUGAAAGGAGUAAAGUCUCAUAAUGUGAACAUUUUCUCCACUGAAGAAUAUCUGAAGGUGAGUUGUCCCCCUUAUCUGUUUGAGUGCCUUCUGUAUGCUGAAGUAGAGGACAAAAAGAGCAUAGCACAAGUUGGAAAUGGAGCUGUUGUUUUCAAGUUAUUUAAGAAGGAGCCAGGCAUUUGGUCCAAUUUGUUUUCUGAGGAUUUUACUAACAAGGAAGUGAUGAAGGUGAAGAGAGAGGAAGCAAUAGCCAAAAGUCAUGCCAGGGCAGAGCAAGAAAAGUCAGAGAAAGCAGAGACGAAGCGUUUAGAUGGAAAGCUGGCUCUCAAUGAAAUGAUGAGGUUAGAAGAAGAGGAAAGAUCCAGAAUUGAACAAAUAAAGAAAGAUGAGAUUAAGAAAGCUACAGAUGACUUGGAGAGAUGGAAAGAUGAACAGAAAAUGUUGGCAGAACAGGAAAAACAGAGAAUUAUGGAAGAACAGAAAGCUGUGGAAGAUGCACUGCGAGAGGAACGUAAGAAACUUGAGAGGAAAAAUAAAAGGAAAAAAAAUGCUAACAUAUUUGAGGAGAAUGCCGGUGGGAUACCAAAGAGAGAGGUGGGGAAGAUUGAAGUAUCCUUCACUGCUCGAGUGUUCCCAACACCUGUUCGGGAGUCGCAGACACCCCAGGAGGAGGAGUGGCUAAAGAAACAAGCAGAGACAAGAAAGAUUAUGGAGUUACAAGAUAAAGAUUUAACAGAGGAGGAGAGAAAUCCAAUGUUUUUGCGAGAUAAGGGGAAUGGGUUUUUCAAGGCAGGAGACUUCCUGAGUGCUAUCAAUGCCUAUACACAUGCACUUCGACUGAACCCAAAAAUACCAGGAUUAUACUCCAAUCGUGCAGCAUGUCAUCUGAAAAUGAGGAACUUCUUUAAAUGUAUAGAGGACUGCAGUAAGGCAAUGGACUUACUGGAGCCACCUGUACCACAGAAUGCAGCCAGUCGUGUGAAAGCUCUCAUCAGGAAGGGCACAGCUUUCUGUGAGCUGGAGAUGUAUGUGGAAGGACUACAAGACUAUGAGGCUGCUCUGAGGAUAGAUCCUAACAAUGAACAACUGAAGACAGAUGCUGAGAGAAUACGACAAGUUAUCCAGAGUAGUUCUGGGAGUUGAUGAUAUCUGGGACCUAAUCAAGGAACUCAAUACAAAUUUUACAAGUGUUCAUCAAUUUGAUAACCAGCAAAUGUCAGUAAUGAAACACUGGUCUUAUUGAGAAAGUUACAGGUCCAGACAGUGGGACAACUGCCUUGUGUGAAAUUAUGAACAAAGGUAAUUUAUUCAAACACACAGUACCACAAAGAAGGGAAAUUUAAGGAGAGAUAUUCGGGAGAAAUAUCCGACCAUGUGUGGAAACUUAUUUAACAGUUUAUUCUUGAAUGUUUACAUUUGUAAUAUUCUGUAUUGAAGUAUCUUACUUUGGACCAUACCCGACCUGUGUGGUACACUUCAGGAUUAUUAGAUACAGAAUUAUAUUAAAGAGAACAGUACAAAGACUUUUUAUACAACAUAUAAGUAAUUGAAACUUCAUUGACUUUGUUAUUUGGUUUUAAUUUCCUUGUAAUUUUAUGUUUACUUAUGAGAAACUGCAAUAGCUGUUUAACAUAUUUUUUUUUUAUAUCUGUAUAUAGCAUUUUAUUGCAAAUGAGAACAUACUGCUAGGGGUGAAGCCCAGGAGUUCUACCUCACAAACCAUUCUUCUGCCACUUACAACUUUGGAAAUUAUCUUUAAGUGCAUAAAUGGCACUUCUUUCAUGAAUAUUCCUUAACUUUGGAGAUACAGUAACUGCAGAUUUCUGUAGUAAAGAUAUAGAAUAUGAAUGUUUAUUAAAGAUUCCUCCCCAGUCAUUUUUUCCUGCAAUUUCAUUUAUGUUUUACCGACAGAAAACUCCCAUCAAAAUUUAUAUUUAUUCUAAUUUCCUUUUGUAACUUAAGCUGCAA